AGACUUCAUAAACCAGCAGUCGGAAAUAAUGCUGAUUGUCGAUUGCUGACUUGAAAAUUACAGACUCGAACACUCAACAUAGAAACGAUCGGACUUUAAGAGUUGUGAUAUUGUUUUCAUUCCUGGUAAAAGCGCCGAGUGAUGGGAAAAUGCUUCCUGCCGAGGUCAUAUACUCUUUUCCCCUUGGUGUUAUUGACUAAAACACCAGCAGCUGGACAUCCACGGAUCUGCCUCUUUGUAAUUCUUUAAACUUGAUGAACAAUGAAAAAUUGCAGAAUAUUACCUGUCAUACUUCUGAAGUUAAUUUACAUCACAUUACACCCAGUUCUUGAGGCCCAAGAAGUCAAAGUAUUGCCUGAAGUGACAGGAUACGUUGGGCGUGAUGUCACCCUGCCAUGCCAAUUCAUCCAAGCACCACAAGGCGACAAUAUUACUCAGCUUCAGUGGACUCUCCAGCUACCAGAAGGAAAGGAAAUAACCAUUAUUGUUGUUCAUUUUCCAUCGGGACAUUUUGUUAAUGAAUCAUUUAAGGACAGAGUGGGUAUUGCAGAACAAUCUUUGCUCAUUAGAGGUGUGGAAAUGAGAGACGCAGGGUCAUACACCUGCAGCAUUACAUCCUUUCCCAGCGGUUCAUUAAAAGGAACCACCAACCUCGUUGUUCAAGAACAGAUGCCUUUAUCUUCAGCUGUGGUUUCUGCUAUAGUGAUUGCUAUCCUGUUGCUGUUAGUGAUCUCGGCAGCCAUAGUUUACCUCCUCUUUGUCAGAAGACAUGAUUGUACGCUUAGGCACAGCAUCUACAUUGAUACAUGUGGACCAGUGAUGGAUGUUGCCAGAACAUCUGUGAUUUUAAGAGACGAGGAUGUGGUCUACUCUGACGUCAAGCUUAGACCAUCCAAAGACGCUACACCUCCAUCCAAUGAGAAACACACAGUGGACGAAGAUGUCACAUACUCUGAAGUUGUAGUUGGUCGUAGUCACCAAAUGAGAUGAAUUGUGCUAAAAAGGUGAUGAAGUUGUUUUUCCUUGUACUAGUUGCACUCUUGUUGCUGUAUGCAAGUUGCGUUUACCAUAAUUUCGGUACCAUUUGGUGCAAUCAGCACAUCCUGACAGCAGCCAAUACAACCUAACCUUUGUGGGUGCUCCAACCCUUCUAUUCAUGCUCUCAUAUGUAGUUUUUUUCCAUGGUACCGCGUUUCCACUGAAACCUCACAGCAGGUGAUGCAGUAUAAAAGAAAAUGUAACAUAUUUAUCAAAGUGCUUUCAUUAGUGAUGGUAUUCUUAAAGAUUAUAGAUAUUUUGCUGAUUUAUAUCCAGCUCUGUGUCAUGGCAGUGUAAGCCGUGUGUGCAGUUGAAUGGUGUAUGGCUUCCCUCUGUGGCCGCAGCGCACGGAGCUCCCAGCUGAGCAGAGGCGGUGUGCCGAGAUCCCCUAGUGGUCUGAUAAAUCCACAGUGCACUGGUACCAUGGAGGGAAGCCAAACACUGUUCAUCUUAACACACUGCCUACACAAAGAUGACACAGAGCUGUUAUCAAAUCAGCAGAGUAUCGCAGCGUCAGUGGGACUGUACUUGAGCUGAACUCUCAAACCAGCAUGUCUUGCAAACAAUCUCAGAAUGACAAUGCUAAUAUGUUGAGGUUUAGCAAGUAUAAUGUUUACCACCACAAACGUUUGGUGACACUUGGUUUUAAAUAUUGAAGCUAGAAAUGGUACAAACCAGCACAGCUCCAACAUGGCAUUAAGGAAAAUGACUUAUUUUACCUUGUCAUGUUGUGCAAUGGAAAAACACUGACUUUGCCAACAUGACUUGAGUCGUCACGGUGGAUCUCAUCACACAGUUCCUAUUGCUCCAUUGCUGACCAAAGGUAGAAGA